AUGGUACAAUGUAUCUUUCCCACUCGUAGAAUAACUCUUCAGUUUCACUGGUUGAAUAACUCUAUCUUCAGCGGUAUAAUCUCUCUCUGUCUCUCUGUCUCUCUCUGUCUCUCUCUAUCUCUCUCUCUCUCUCUCUCUCUCUCUCUCUCUUUACUGAAUGCCUCUUUCCAUUCACUGGUCAAAUCCCUCUUACUUUUCAAUGGUACAAUCUCUCUUGCCUUCACAUGUAUAAUCCCUCUUUCCCUUCAUUUGUAUAAUCCCUCUUUCCCUUCAGUAGAAAAAUCCCUUUUUCCCUUCACUGAAAGUAUCCCUUCCCCGAAUCACUCUUUCCCUUUACUGGUAGAAUCACUCUUUCCCGUCUGUUGUAUAAUAUCUCUUUCGCUUCACUGGCAGAAUCCCUCUUUCGCUUCGUUGGUAGAAUACCUCUUUCUCUUCACUGCUAUAAUCUCUCUUUCCCUUCACUGGUAG